GUGGACGGUGAAAAACAAGUGAUUAUAGUAGAGAAAAUCACACUGUCUGCACUCGCCAGACCACAUUUCGUUCGGUGAACGCAACGAGUAAAGUUGUUCGGAAGUAGUUCGCUCACGCGCCUGCUGCAAUCGGUUUACUACUAGUGUACUGCUCCAAAUAGUGUAAAGACGGCCUAUGGGAGAUACAGAAAACGAAGUUUGGUGAAAUUGAGAUGUGUGAAAAGUUAGUUCAACUAGAUUGAAACAGCUGGAGGAGUGAGUGAAACUGUGAAGCUAAGGUGAAACAGUGCCAAUUGAAUGUAUUAUUUAAGUGACAGAAAGGUUCCUGAAACCCAAUCCGCAUUCAUUGGUUGGUGAACGAAGUUACUCGUUAAAUCGAAUUAAAACGGAACAACGGAUUUGAUUGUGAUUCAUUCAGUGAAAGUGAUUAAGUGCUUGUACUGCAAUAGACAGCAUUUGACGAGUUACAAAGAUGGCUGUUCAAGUGGAUAGAUUGUUGUUAUCAGAAAUUGGACGUUCUAUAUCGUUGGACACAGCAACGCGCCUAAGAGAAGCCGCCAUGAGUAAACUAAUUCGCCAGGUAUCGAUCGAAUCGCCCGCACCAAAGAUCAAAGAUUCCGUGUUCAAUAUGGUGGUUCCAGUGCCGGAUACACCACCGAACGGGGCCCGUAUUUUGGUGGUGUACGCUGGAGCAUGCUACCGUAAGAAUCAGUCCACAUCGAUCUCGUCGAUCAGCAGUCAGCUGUCGGAUACCGGUGACAUCACCACAUCGUUGCAUAUACUAGCGAAACAGAUGCAGGGCGGAAACUUUUCCAGUAUUAGUGAGGAAGGUCCCGAUAGCAAACCGGUUGUGGCACACCAGACCUCGGUUGCCAUUCAGCACAAUCCCGCGGCACAUCAUGGCGUCCGGGACGGUGCCUUGUUUCCCGGUUUCGAAGUGGCCGGCGUUAUCGAGUCGCUUGGCAGUGAAAUUAAAGAAGACUGUGGCUUCAAGGUAGGCCAACGUGUGAUCAUCUACCCGUACGAAGGUAUCCCGGCCGGGUAUUCCGAGCUGAUGGUGGUUCCGGACCUGAUCUAUCUGAUUCCAAUUCCCGACUCGUUGCCACUCAGUGUGGCAGCAACGUUGCCCACCGGUGCUCUGCUGGCCCAGAGUGCUAUCAUUUCGGCACACAAAAUCGUGGACAAUCUGCUGUCGACGCGACCAAACGAGAAGGUUAAGAUUCUGAUCGUCGGUACCGGUGGGCUGGCACUGUGGGCCAUCCGAAUUGCGGCCCAGCACUUCUACGCUCCCGCUACCAAGGACAAAAUUCAGAUCACCGUGGCCAGCCUCCGAGAUGAAGGGUUCGUACUGGCGAAGAAGUGUGAAAAGGUCAAUCUAGUCCAGUGGAAUGAAGAUCUGUACGAAAAGCAACUGAUUGAGCGCACGCACGAUGCCUGCGACGGACUGGUGGACAUCGUGAUCGACUUCGGUACUACCUCGCGCAGCUUGCACCGGGCGAUGAAGUGUCUGACCAAAGGCGGAACUGCAUUCAUCAGUGACGAACACGCCGAAAAGCUGCUGGCCAAGUACUCCAAGCGGGCGGAAGACCGAGGUGUGUUGAUCGAGGUCGUUCCGACUGGUACCAUCGAGCAGCUGCAUGCGCUCGUCAAACUGGUGGCCGCCAACGAGAUUGAACCACCCCCGCACACAGUAUUCCCUUCGGAACAGGCUGCUGAAGUAGUACGCAAACUGGCCAGCUCGGAAAUACCUGGCCGUGCCAUUUUGAGAUUCCAUGAGAUCGAGUAAAUACAUCCCCCUCACAUCAACCCACACCAACACUAAAACCGUGUAGUUUUUCAAAAACAUACAUAGACAUAGUAGCACUAAAAACUAAAACUAAAAAAAUUUCUCCUAAAUACCUUCACACAAUAGAACAUAUACUUACCAUAAGUGAGAAAGUAACUAGUGAACAAUUGACGUUGAGGAGAAGGAGAAUUUAUCUACGUGCGGUUAGCCGAAAGGAGGCACCCCAACGCGCUUAUUCAUUCUAAUUUGAUUAUCUCCUGGGGUAAAUGAUGCAAGCAACAAAGUGUCGAAAGAAGAUAAACCAAUCAGCGCAGAAGUAAUGUAAAAUGGCUAGAAUUUGUUGCAGAAAAAGUUCUGAAUUACAUUGAAAUAUAUAAAUGUAUAAUUUAGUCUAAGGACGGAACGAAGCAAAAGCAUUGCAAUUAAUUCAAUCGUUCAUUUCGAUUCUACGUUUAGUAUGUAGAUGUCAGUGUCUUUCAACAUAACAAAAAAAAAACAAUAUGUUUCGAAACGUUUCAUUCGUUUUGGCAGCACUUGUUUAGCUCAGCGUUGCAUGAUCAGUGAUGAUGAUGAUGAUGAUGAUGCGCAAACAGACACCGGUGAUCAGUUUUCAGGUAAUGUCCAGUUGGAAUACAAAGAAACACAUAAAUCAAUUACAUGAUACCACAGAAUUUUUGAACGAAUGUCAGAACUAGUUUAAGCGUACGGCUAGAGCAGAACACAAGUCAACGGACUAAUGUCUGAAUUUGGUUUUCCUAUCUGUAUAGACUCAACACAAUAAGUUUUAUGUACAAAACAACACGAGGAUUGAUUAAGCUAUAUACUAAUGACUAAUCAGGAUAACGGUUUGGACUAUCAGGGAUUUUGAUGAGGGGUGAUUAUUGCAACACUCGUCAGGACUAAUGAAAGCGACCUACAUCUUUUUUCUACCAUCUCAAUGUGCGGUUUGAAGCAAGAUAUACCAGAAUGAAAAACGUUUGGUUAUUACUAUAUUUAAUAUACAAAAUGCUUCAGUUGUGAUUAGGUUCGCCCGUUACUGUCGGUUCAGAUCCAAAGGAUCUCGUCCGCAGGCGGGGAAUGUGGUUGAUUUAUUUUAUUUUUUCAAUUUUUAUCUCAAUAUCAUAACCGAUAAAUGCAAACGAUAAACAAUACAUAAUUAAAAUUAUGCGAUGUGUUUAGGAUUACCUUAAACUUAAUUAUAGCUUAAAACAAAACAGAACAGAACAAAAACAAAACAUGUGUAUUAUUGAAAAAAAAAAUUAAAUAAAACUGUAUAGGAGUUUAAAAAUUUA